AUGGUACAAAAUACAGAAUUGUACAUUGUACAGUCGGAUAACAUGUUUAAUUACGAACCAACAUUACUUGAUGAAAAUACUGUAAAUCAAUUUUUAUUGCCUUUGCCGGAAUCUUCAGAGAAUAAUCAGACAAGUGAAAGCACCGGGCCGGACUUGCUAGCUCUGCAUUCUUGUGUAAUCUGUCAUGAGAUAUUUACAACUGAAGCCGAUCUUCUGGACCACACUAUAUCGCUCCACACUUCUGAUAAUUCCGUAGAGCAGCUUGAAAAUACCUUGCUAACUACAACAGAUCAUGACAGAAUUGAAACCAAAAAUGUUCAAGAACAACUAUGCUGCAUCUCCUCUGAUGGUAAGGGUAACGUGGCAUCUCGCAAGCUGUAUACCAUGUAUGUUUGCGAUUUCUGUAGCGGUCUCUUCGCUGAUGGAGACGCUCUCGACAAACAUCGACUCACCUGCUUCAUUGAAGAUCAGAAUCAUUACUAUGAGGAUCAAAAUGAUAACUGCAACUUGGAUACAACUGCCCAUGGCCCCAUAGUGUGUUAUGCGUGUGAUAUCUGUGGCAAGCAGUAUGGGUCUACCGAGGAUCUGAAGGCCCAUUCAUUGGAGUGUCAUAAGCCAAGAGCAUCACGACGAAGCUACACGAACAGCGGUAACACCAAAAUGUGGAACUGUGGUUCUUGCAACCAACUUUUCGCAACUGCCAGAGAGCUGUACCGCCACAAGCGUGGGGAGGACCGUCCCCCUGGCGCUCCACUGAUGGCCUACGUAUGCGAGGAAUGCGACAAAGUGCUGGGCAGCAUGUGCGCGUUGCAUACACACAAGAAAAUGCACAAAGUCACUAAACCAGGUUACCCUUGCCGUGUCUGCGGGAGACGAUUCAACCAAUCGGGACAUCUGGCCAUCCAUAUGAGGAUGCACACUGGAGAACGACCCUACCCCUGUGAUCUUUGUCCAAAAGCUUUUAAAGUCAAGUUCCGACUCACCGUGAACUAUGCGGCAGCGGUUCCGACGCACUGGAACCAUCAACUGGCUCGACAAGACAAGACAUUCAGACGACUCAACCUGCUAACGACCUCCGGUCUCGGAGGGGAGUGGUGUAGCGACAUCUAUCGCACAACCAUAACAACAGCACCAAUCACGUGCAAGAUUCUACAUCGCGCAAGUGAAGUUAACGCGCUAAAUAGCACAAUAGAAAAAUCCCGACAACAACAGUCGGGCAGUAGCCCACCAGGCACGAACACCUCGCCUGCGUUCAGAAGACCGUAUGCUCGCACCGUGCACACUCUCAUCCAUACUGGAGAAAAACCUCAUGAGUGCGAUAUAUGUGGAACAGCCUUCAGUCCCCUUUCCGUAUUCCUUCCUGAUCCCUAUAUCCGCAACCCCUAUCCCCAAGAAGCCGGCAACGCACUCGUAACUCCUAUGGUGUUCCGGGUGUCCAUGGGCGGCGCCGAUUGCUUACCAUCAGGAAAUACACUUAUACAAUGUAGUCGUAAAGUUACGUAUGAAAACGUCGCCAAUGUUUCUUUGAAACAUUUGCAACAGAGUAAAGACGGAUGCGACAAGGAGUCUACCUGCCAUCAUAAUUAUUGCUGGAGGUCACAACACAGUGCGCAGCUUGCUCGCGCGACACUCAGUCGCACGUGCGAGCGACACGCCGCGGCGCCGCCGUGCGACGCGACUACUGCCGCGUCAGCGCGCCGGCGCAGCGAGCGGGCCGUGCCCACGACACAAACGAUAACAGUUAAGGAGUAUUAA